ACAUGGGUUUCUUUCACACACUCAACCCAUGCACACAUAGAAUCUCAUCCCCGUCUCCCUCUCUCUCAAGAAACCCCAUUUCGCCACCAUUUCUCAGAGUCACAGACAGAGACAGACACAGACCCCAUCUUCUUUGGACUCUUCCUUUCUUAGGGUUUCGCAGUUUUGAUUCUUUAAGUUCUUGAGCCCUGAUCUUGUGCCCUCAAAAGAAAGUAGAAUUUGUAUUUUUUCUUCUGAAAACCCACAAACUCCUCGGUUUUACUGUGUCAAUUCCCCCAUUGCGCGUGUGAUCACAGAAACACAAAAAGGUCUCCAACUUUUAAACAUUUUAUUCCUUUGGGUUGCUCUGUGGUUUUGUGUUGAACAUCGUUUCUGGGUGGCGGAUAUUUUUCUCUUGUGAGAAUUUUCCCGGAAAUUUCAUUUCUUUGAGGGUGGAAAACAAAACCCACCUGAAAUUAUCAUCUGGGGAAGCUUGAUCCUCUGUAGUCACAGCUCAGAGAGAUCACCACUUCAAGCUCCACAUUGUCGAAUUCCAAGAUUACCCAUUUCACCAUUCGCACCAAGAAUUGCGUUUUGGAAGCUGAUCACGCUUGGUUUCUUUCAGGCAUUUUUACAAACACCUGGGUGCAAUUGACCUGGAUUUGAAUUUCUUGGCUCUGUUCAUCUCGUUUCUUUCCCUUGUAGAAGCCAUGGGUUGUGUCCAUGGCAAGUGUUGCGGCCGGUACCCCCAGUCUUCCGAUGGUGAUCUCCGGGACUUCAGAGAUGCUGGUCCGUACAGCGCUCAGAGGAAGCACAUACUCUCACGGAGGUCAUUGGAGUUCGUCCCUGUUCCUUCACACGGCUAUCGUUUGGAGUACUCUUUGUUAACACAGCGCGGCUACUAUCCUGACUCGCCGGAUAAGGAAAACCAGGACAGUUUCUGUGUUAGUACGCAAGUCCGAGGUAACCCGAAUAUCCAUUUCUUUGGUGUGUUUGAUGGGCAUGGCGAACUUGGUACCCAGUGUGCUAAUUUUGUUAAGGACAGGUUAAUAGAGAUAUUAGCCAAUGAUCCCACAUUGUCAGCUGACCCUGUGAAAUCUUACAAUUCUGCUUUUCUAACGACGAAUUAUGAGUUGCAUAAUAGUAAGAUUGAUGAUACUAUGAGUGGUACCACGGCAAUUACUGUGCUUGUUAUUGGGGAUACCCUUUAUGUCGCGAAUGUGGGUGAUUCGAGAGCAGUGAUUGCAGUUACAGAUGGUAAUAGAAUUAUUGCAGAGGACUUGUCUUGUGACCAAACACCAUUUAGGAAAGACGAGUAUGAGAGAGUAAAGCUGUGUGGGGCCAGAGUUAUGAGUGUUGAUCAAUUGGACGGGCUGAAGGAUCCAGAUAUCCAGACGUGGGGUGAUGAAGAGAGUGCAAGUGGUGAUCCACCAAGGUUGUGGAUUCCAAAUGGAAGGUAUCCUGGAACUGCGUUUACAAGGAGUGUAGGUGAUGGCACCGCUGAGACGAUUGGUGUGGUUGCCACUCCAGAGGUUUCAAUGGUUAAGCUGACACCUAAUCAUCUCUUCUUUGUUGUCGCAAGUGAUGGAGUUUUCGAGUUCCUCUCAAGCCAAGCUGUGGUUGAUAUGGCGGCAAGAUAUCCAGAUCCUCGAGAUGCAUGUGCUGCCAUUGCUGGAGAAUCAUAUAAAUUAUGGUUGGAACAUGAAAUCCGGACAGAUGAUAUAACAAUAAUCAUCGUUCACAUCAAAGGCUUGUCCAAUUCAGCUGGUGGUGCUACAGAUGGAGCUAGUGGGGCCAAUAAUAGGCCAGCAACAAGGGUGAGAAAAACUUCCGAGUCAUCUGUUACCACUGGGUCGGAAGUUUACCGUUCUGUGAGAAGUGAUUCCUCAGAAAUACAGUCUUGUCAGCUUGUGCUUUCGAUGAAUCGAAGCCCAGCUAUUGUUGUUCCAUCUCCUACAUGUCAGAGCCCUGUGAGUUGUGGUUGAACUGAAGGGCCUUAAUGGAGCUGCCACACGUCUCCUUGUUAUUUUUCUUAAGUGGAUGUGUGUUAGCGGUGCAUUCAGCCGUUGCCAGAAGCGUUGGUUCUGCAUGUAGAAGAUGUUCCCCUGAACGCUAAUCUCACUAAUAACACGGUUUUUGACCUAUGUGAUAUGCCUGGAGAACAUAUUCUCUUCUGCUAAUCCAACAAUAUAGAUAGAGGGAGGAAAUGAGAUUGAAGUAGGAGGUACAUACAGAAGGUUCAUUUACAUGGAAAUUAGGGUGAACAUUUCACAUACUUAAUCUUCUUGUUAGUCUCGGUUGUAAUUCGUCAUCUCCUAAAACUUAACGAUGAUGAGUAGAUAUAACAUAUUGUGUAUUCUCCUGCCACUUCUCUAUAUGUAUAAUAUGGUUUCCUCUUGAGACAGAAAUGGAUUCUUAACUGAUUUAGGCAUGACCUACUUAUGAGCAGUAAAUUGCGCUUUAUGUAACGCUAUGGUUAGCGUUUCAGAA